ACAAGGAAGUAAAUAUACUCAUAACAGUCAGUGUGGUUCUCGUUUAAAUUAUUUCAUAUUUUGUCAAAUAUGGAAACUCAGAAAUAAAAAAAAAACUUUGACUGAUUCCUGAACUACCUUGAGUCACAAUUGAAAGGCGGAAGUGAACGCACCACCGGCUACCGUUUGAGUCUCAGCUCGGAGCUGUCUCGUAUUCUCCACCGCCUGAAACCCAACGGCUUAAACAGCAUUCAUGGCCGGCUAUAGGGCAUCGGAAUCGAAGCGGGAACAGUUUAGAAGAUACCUGGAGAAAUCAGGAGUUCUUGACACUUUAACCAGCGUUUUAGUGGCUCUUCAUGAAGAACCAGAAAAACCUGACAAUGCACUUGACUACAUAAAAGUCCGUCUGGGGGAGGGUUGUCCUGAGCCGGCUGACGCUGAGGCUCUCCGGACAGAACUGGCUGAUUUACAGCAGAAGUUCAAUCUGCUGAUGGAGGAGAACAAAGAGCUCAGGAACAAGCUGCUGCAGUACGAGCCGUCACCUGAAGAGGGAGCUGGACCAUAGGAGGGGUUGGUGUGAAGCAACAAUAAACAGGAGGAAACAUUGUCCUUUUCUUUGUAUAGACUGUAUGUUUAUUCCAUAAUACUGAGAGUACAGCAAGGACAGACUGUUGAUUUAUGUUAAAAUAAGAACCAGCUGCUGCUCCUGAAUAAAACUAUUUUCAGUAACUUUUUUGGUUUUCAAAAAUAGAUUAAAAAAGGUUUAAGAGACCAGAACAGUG